UUUUUUCUUUUUUGUCGUUUCAAAUUUUCUCGAAUCAAACAAGUAUCACUAUAUCAUAUUGCAGCAGAAAGCUUAUAAAUAAAAAAUUUACACAAUGACGAAAUGUCAAACGUUCGCUGCUCGAUUAUGUCCAAUGAAAUUGUAGCUUUUCGAACUGGUCGUUCCCCCCGCUUUUGGAUCGUCCGUUUUAUGCGAAAUUGUUAGAAAGAAUGGCCUUUUCUUUUUCACUCAUUUUCUAUCAAUUUUUAUAGUCAUGCUUCGUUAUACAACACGUAUUAUUCAUAAUGAUGCUGUUAAGCUCUGCAGUCGGCAAAAUUUAAAUAAUGCACUUCGCUCUCCUCCAGCAAGACAAUAUUCAAUAGCUAGCAAAGUUUUUAACAAAGACGCAUUUGCCAAGCCUAUUAAGCCAACCUUUAUUCAAUUCACACCAAAGCCAUCUAAAAUACUCGCUGUGGCUGCAGCUACUACAACUUUUGCUACACCCUUGCUUUAUAAGGCACCUGUUCAUUGUGAAGCUGCCUUUGCUCGUUCUUCGGUUGCUACUGCUACCACCACACCACCUCUUGACACCAAAGUAUCAACCAAAGACCAGGAACGUCUAUUGCGUCGAGGCGAACUUACAUUUGGCACUUUCCUUGGACUAUGUACAGGCUAUUUGGUUAAGAAAGUAGGCAAGGUCUUUGCUGCCUUUGUUGGUACAGGUUUUAUAUUUUUACAGUAUUUGUCACAACAAGGUUAUGUCACAAUUCAUUGGGACAGAUUGGAAAGCGGAUACAAUAAGACAUUAGAUCUUGACAAGGACGGCAGAGUCACCAGACGUGAUAUUCAUACGAAAUGGCAAGGUUUUGUCAACUUCUUAACAAACAACAUCCAAUUCAAGUCAACUUUCUUGGUUGGUUUUUAUGUAGGCGUUCGUUACGGCUAAAUUAUUUACAGAUUUUCAACUUUUGCAUAAAAGUAAAAAUAGAUUGUCUUGAGGCAAUAAGCUGACUUGAAAUAAUAAAAGUGUUUUUAUUGACGUUUAA